CGUCGACGAAAAGUUCGGGCUGUCGGGCCAUCGAGCUGGUGGCUGUGCUCUUGCUGAAUUUAACAUCUUCAGUGAGUGCCCGAGCCUCGAUCUCAAAGCUUCUCUCCGCAACCGGGACUAAUCGUGUGUUUGUUCUGGUGGAAAUUCAACGCCAAGAAAAGGAUAUAUAUAUUGAAGUGCUUCUCUUGAGUGUCCGCAAAGGGAGAAGAGAAAUCACGGGGAAAGAGUGCUGAUGUGUGAGAAGAUUGAAUUUCAGUGAAUCAGAGGAACAAUGUGAGAGUGUAUAAUAAAUCGACAAGACAGAUUUUCAUCAUAUUUCGUGACUAUGGAACAGGAAAUUUACGAUUCAAUAUUAUUAUUAGUCGCAUUAGUAGUCAAGUUCAAAAGCAUAAGUUUGACCGAGCGGAACGAAGGCGGAAGAGUGUGAUAAAAUCUUUUUCUGAAACCGCAUUGCUUGCGAGAAAAAAAAGCCCGGGAAAAUUCUUUAGCCGCACAGCGGGAAGACAUCAAAGACAUCUUCAAAGCCCUAAUCAUGUCCACAUCGUCUCUUGGGCGAGAUGAGCGAAAGCCCAUGAUGGAGGCCUUCAUGUUCCAGCGAAGAGUCCUCUUGGGCUGCACCGCCACAAUUGGCCUCUUCGCCGUCAUCUGGAUCGUGGCCAUCGCCUCUGAGCACUGGUUCAUCGUAUCCGGAGGACGAGGAAUUUUCAUCCCAGAAACGAGGAGGUAUUUCAUGUCAUCGCACGCGGGAUUGUGGCGGAUAUGUCGAUAUGGGCUGGUGCCCUUCGUCCUGGCCAAUUCCACUGCGGCACGCAACUUCACGACUCUGGCCUACGUGAAUGCCACGCAAAUCAACCAGCUGAAAAAGACAAUCGCCCGGGAGGAGUACGUGGAGGAGAUGCUGGCGGAGGAGCUCCCUGAUCCCAUUGCAGAGAUUGACGACAAUCUGCGGAGACACUUGUUCGGACAGUGGGUGAGGGGGAACAAGAUUGGCUUUGACGUCCUCAAGACGACGUUCAAGACACUCGAGUUCAACGGCACAGAAGAUGGCCAGACAGCCGGCCGAGGACGAUCGGGCAUGGUGAUGCUGAAUCCCACGAACGUGUCGGCACUCAAUGAGACCAUCGGAGGCGCUCUGUCUACAGUCCAAGUCAAUGAGACUUACGUGAACGUGAUUGUCCCUGAGAGAUUGCGAAAUGCCUUGUUCGACGGCUGGGAAGACAAGUCUAAAGUGAUUCAUCUUCUCUGGUCUUUUGCCAGAGACAUGGAGAUUCCCCUCGGAAUAAUCUCGCCGAAUGGCACCAAGCUGAUCAUCAGACCACCGCUGCCGCCCAAGAAGGGCAGAACGGACAAUGGCUACGAGUACAUCCCGUUCAAGCGCUGCAAGUACCACGACUUCUCGCAGGCCGAUGAUCCCACGAGCUCAGACCCCGCCAUGGAUGAUGAGAUAAUCAAUUACACGAGAACGCAGGCCACUUUCGCCGUGCUCACUCUCUUCAUCAUGUUUAUGGGCUUCUUCUUCUCAAUCUACACUUUCCUCAAUCCUCGCUACAUGUUCAAGCGUCUGGCAGGUGGAAUUCACUUUAUAUCGGCGGCAACGAGUCUCGUUGUUAUUCAGGUGCUGGCGGCUUCUAUUGAAUACCAAAAGGAGCAUCUCGCGUACACCUUCCCCAAAGGAGCCACCUACAGGUUCGGCUAUGGAAUCUACUUGGCGUGGAUUUGCUUCGCCGUGAAUCUCGUGUCGGCAAUCCUGUUCUUCUGGUAUUCAAAGAAGAAGAAAGGCUCCAAGGCGCCCACCGACGAGAUGGGCAUGGCUGAUGAGCCCAUCAACAUUGGACGAUAGUGAUUUGUUGCGACAAAUAAAUAAUUUCUUGCCUUGUUAUCUGUUGAAACGACUCUCAUUUUGAAUAAAGGUCAUUUU